AUGAAGAAUUCAACACUUGGCAAAGUACGAGCGUACUGGCUGGCAAGCGUAGUUUGUAUGGGAGGAUUUCUAUUUGGCUAUGAUAGUGGCAUGUGUGUAUCCCUUCAUUUCUUACUCACCUGCUUGUGUGUUUGCUCGAUUUCAUAUAGUGUUGGUGGAGUCUUGACUCUCAAAUCUUUCGUAAAUGAUUUCAAAUACUCGACCGCUCAUGCAACUCGCGUGAGUUCUCUUGCUGUUGGCCUCCAACAAGCGGGUGCUUUUGUAGCAUGUUUCUUCAUAUGGCCCAUUGCGGAUCGCAUUGGGCGCAAACUAUCAUUACAAAUCGCUUCGUUUAUUUUCAUUAUUGGUGCCAUAAUGGAGACUGUCAAUUCUCAUAGCAUGGCAGUAUUUUAUGCCGGGAGAGUUAUCGCUGGCGUCGGUCUUGGAGCUGCAAGUGUGGUUGUUCCAAUGUUUAAUGCGGAGAUGGCACCGAAAGAAUUGCGAGGACAGAUUGGGAGCUUUUUUCAAUGGUUUUACACUUUUGGAAUUUUUACUUCGUAUUGGGUUGACUAUGCUAUGGCAGAAGUAGUCCCUUCUGUGUCCAGGCAAUGGCAGAUUCCCAUCGGUCUCCAGAUUAUACCAGCUUGUCUUCUUGGUUUGGGAAUGUUUACUCUGAAGGAAAGUACUCGUUGGCUUACCAAGAAAGGAAGACAUGACGAGGCUUGGGAAAGUUUGAAGUGGAUUCGAGCAGAUGAAUCGCAAGCUACGAUCGAAGAGAUGGAGGAAAUUCGUGUAGGCGUCGAAAUGGAACAGAGAGCUACCGAAGGGUUUCACUUGAAGGAACUUGUUGAAAGGGAUAACUUCAAUCGUAUUUUCACAGCGUUCGCCAUUUUCACAGCUCAACAAGCUACAGGUGCAACAGCUUUUGCUUAUUAUGGGCCCCAAUAUUUCAAGCUGCUGGUCGGCGGUGGAAAUCGGGAUUUACUGCUGACUGCCAUCUUCGGUGCAAUCAAAAUUGUAGCGUGUGGAAUCUUUGUACUCUUCCUUUCCAAUCGCAUUGGUCGACGAGCAGCUUUGAUUGGCGGAGCAGUAUUCAUGAGUGCUUGUCAGAUUACGACUGCAGUCGUGGUCAAAGAGCUUCCAGCUACAAAGACUGCGGGUGUCACAAGUAGUGGAAUUGCAACAGUGGCUCUCAUCUACAUGUUUGUUAUUGCAUACAAUCUUUCAUGGGGACCACUGCCAUGGCCAUAUGUGUCUGAAAUCUUCCCAACGAGAAUCAGAGAACCGGGUAUUGCAAUUGGAGUUUCAUCCCAAUGGCUUUUCAACUUCGUUUUCUCCUUAACGACUCCGUACAUGAUCGAGAACCUUGGAUGGGGUACAUUCCUACUCUGGGGUCUAUUCGAUGGCAUAAUUGCAGUUGUAUCAUUCUUUUUCUUGCGCGAAACUCAAGGAUUGAGUCUGGAAGAGAUAGCACAUAAUGAUUAUGGGCGUGCAACAACUUUCAAAGAGGACGAUAUCUUGGUUCAACAUGGCCCGACGACAACUUACGGAUCGGCGUCUAAUUAA